GCCGCCAAGCCAUUCAAACGCUCAUUCCAUUCCAUUUCAUCCGCUCGUCCGCGUCCGUCAACAUCCCACUUAACGUUUUUUUUCUGUCGGUUUUUGUCAUCUACGAACACACGAAGGCUUCGUCUCAGCUCGGUUCGGCGCGGCUCGACUUUACACACAAACAAACAGUUGGCCAUUUAUCACAUUUGAAAUCCGCCAUUACAAAACACAAAACGGGAGCAGAGCAAAGCAGAGACGAUAUUAUUAUCCACCCAGCGGCGACGACAUCGAUACCAACACCAACACCAACAACGUCGUAAAACAGGCGCGCGUGUUCGUCGUCGUGGCAGCCCCUCGAACAUACACUCACACAAGCGCACACACAUAUACGUACACACACACACACACACAGAUGGAUUGACACUCACGCAUACUAAGAACGACUCACAUCGGCUCCAUCCAACUCUUCCGCCCAACACCCCCCUCCCAACCCCAAUCAGCCGCCCUGACAGCUCAGUUCGGUUUUCGUGAUCGUGCUCUCGUUCUCGUCCGCUGUUCGUGUCCAACGACGCGACGUUGACGGCAGCAGCAACAGCGGCAGCAGCAACAGCAACAAACAUUAACAUUCAGGGACAACGACAACACGGCGACGGCGUCUGCGUCGACAUCCCUACGUUUCAGUUCUGAUUGGAGGUUCGUGCGCCGCCGUUGCUUGCACGCGGCGAUUUCUCAGCUCUGCUCAGCUGUGGAUUUUAUUAGUUAUUUUCAAUUCCGUUUUGUUCGCCUUCAAACUUAUUAACCACCCGCUUCUGUGUACAAUUAGUUGCAACUGUUGUCUAUGUUUGAAAAUCAUAACAAUAAUAACAACAUCGAACAACAGAAUAAAAUUCAAGAAAACGAACCCAAAAAGUGCCUCAAGUGCUUGUGUUCUCAGUUUUGCAAAACUUUCCAACAAUAACAAAAAAAAAAAGCUCAGUGCUACAACUUCAAGCGGAUUACAAAAACUUCCAAGAAUCGCAUUAUUUGAUAUUAUCGUCAAAAUGUUGAAGUGUUGAGCACAAUAAUCAAACAAAAGGACGUCAAGGAUAUUAAGUUGAAUAUUUGUUAGUUGCAUGCAACUCGCUUACAUAAAUACGGAACAUAUUUUCCGCAAUUCUCGCUAAUUAACGUGACGACAAUCAACAACCAAAACGGCUUCCAAAUGAAGAUGGCAUCUCAACGGUUUUGUCUGCGCUGGAACAAUCAUCAGAGCAAUCUGUUAUCUGUCUUCGAUCAGCUCCUGCACGCCGAGACCUUUACAGAUGUGACGCUGGCCGUCGAGGGACAAUACUUAAAGGCACACAAGAUGGUGUUAUCCGCCUGCAGCCCAUACUUCAAUGCACUGUUUGUAAAUCAUCCGGAGAAGCAUCCGAUAGUCAUACUUAAAGAUGUGCCCUAUUCGGACAUGAAAUCCCUGCUAGACUUUAUGUAUCGCGGUGAGGUAUCCGUGGAUCAGGAGCGUCUCACAGCCUUUCUACGUGUGGCCGAAAGUCUGCGCAUCAAGGGCCUCACCGAGGUCAAUGAUGACAAGCCCACGUCCGCGGAAAGCGCCCCGGCGCCACCACAACUGCAACGCAUACAGCCGUACCUGGUGCCGCAGCAACGGAAGCAGCCAAAUGUGCUUGCCGCAAAUGCAGCAGCUGCCGCUCUACACGCUGCAGCGCAGCCAUCUCUCCUCAGUUCCGCCCUAAUGCCCAAACGGAAGCGGGGAAGACCCCGCAAGCUUUCAGGCAGCUCCAAUGGCACUGGGAACGAUUACGAUGAAUUCGAACGCGAGGGAGUUUUGAAUGACUCGGAUAUGGGCAAUGGCAAACUGGGCAAUGAAUCAUAUUCCGGCAACGAUGAUGCCUCCGAUGACAACCAACAAGAGUCUGGCAACAAUGAUGAUCUGAAUGAAAGUCGCGACUCGCUGCCCUCAAAGAGAUCAAAGAGCGGGAAAGAUCAGCGCAUGGUACAACAAGAUGACAACAGCACUUCCGCUGCUCAAGCAACUCCAGAACUCUCACAGCGUCUUUUCGGACCGCCAACAUUAAUUCCCAUAACAACAACGACAGCAACUGAGGCAAUAUCCAUACGUGAAGCAACAACUGAGAAUGCCACGCCCACUUCGCUACAUCUGCCCACUAUUCUGGGCCUUAAGAUACGAGCCAUUAAUCCAAGCAAUUCAGCAGCAGCAACUAAAACAGCAACUGUGCCACAAAAGCAACAGAAUAACAAUUCGUUGCUAAAACAACAACUGCGUGGUGCCGCCAAGGAUCCGGAUACUUGCUCCUUACCAGUGACGGUGCCUCUGCCCCUUCCGGUGCCCGUUGAGGAAUGCGUCAAGGAGACACCGCAGCAGCAACAGCAGCAGCAGCAGAAGGAAAACAGUUGCAGCGCUCUGCAAUCGUUGGCCAAUGCGGCGGAGCGACAGUCGCAGCAAGCGCACAACAACAACAACAACAGCAGCAACAAUAAUGCCAGCUUGCACCAACAGUUGCUGCUGCACAUUGCCGCCAAUGCAAAGCACAACGCCAGCGACUAUUUCCAACAACAGCAGCAACAACAACAACAGCAGGAGCAACAACAACAGCAACCAGAUGCAUCGCCAAUGGCAGAGGGACAAUAUGUGGAUGAGGACAUGGAUUUUAUGUCACUGAGCGAACCGCAGGAUAAAUGUGAUGAGCCCGACCAUGAGCUCUUGACACUGGCAGACGAGAAUGCCGGACUGCCCGGCUAUCAGGCAUCCGAUGGCUUAGACGAGGCAAUUGCACCGACUGAAGAAGUUGGCCGUGAAAUCACCAGAUCAACGGCACCGACAAGUUCCACGCCCAAGCGUCCCGUACAACGGCGUCGUGUGCGUCGCAAGGCACAAUCCACGCUGGACGAUCAGGCGGAGCACCUGACGGAGAUGUCGGUGCGUGGCUUGGAUCUGUUUCGUUAUGCCAGCGUCGUUGAGGGCGUCUAUCGCUGCACCGAGUGCGCCAAGGAGAACAUGCAGAAGACCUUCAAGAACAAGUACAGUUUCCAGCGUCAUGCGUUUCUCUAUCAUGAGGGCAAGCAUCGCAAGGUGUUUCCCUGUCCGGUGUGCUCCAAGGAAUUCUCGCGUCCCGAUAAGAUGAAAAAUCAUCUGAAAAUGACACACGAGAAUUGUACGCCACCCAAGGACAUUGGCACCUACAGUUCGCUCAAAUAUUUAAUCUCAGCAGCAGCAGCUGGAGAUAUUCACUCCACGCUCUACCAACAACAACAACAACAACAGCAGCAGCAACAGGAGCAAUUCCAGCGUCAUCUAGAGGAGCAACAGUUGCAGCAGCAGCAACAGCAACAACAACAUGAGCAGCAACAACAGCUGACUGCAUUUGAAUGUCAGGACAGCACACUUCUGUUGCCGGAUGUGAAACAGGAACAGGAACAGGACACUGAGCACGAGCUGAGUAGUUAUGCGGCAACCACGCCCACAGCUGCUGCAGCGGCCAUGCUGAGCUUACAGAACGAUGUCAUCAUCAAGAACGAGCUACAAAUCUCGCCAUCUCCAUCACCAUCGCCCCCGCCUCCGGCGAUGUGUGCGGUGCCCGAGGGCAAGAAUCUGCCGAAUCUGGCGAGUGCCGCACAAACUGCAACGUAAAGACUUUCCUUUUGACUCAAAGAAGUGACCAAGAGACCAAGGAACCAACGCACAAGGACGAUAUCGAGAACGAGUGCCUUAACUAUAAAUGUAAAAUACUUAACAAUAAGCAAUCUUCAAAACUGAAACACUCAAAUCAAUAAGCAAUAAGCAAUAAUGAAUAUGAAUUAGAUAAUUUAGUGAAUUUCGAUAAUUAAGCAAUCAUAUUUGUAUCACAGAUUACUUUAACAAGGUUCCGUCCAUAAAGCCUUAAGUACUACAUUUAAUUCGAUUUUAAGCAACUUUUUAUGAACUAUUUUAAUUGCAACUGAUACAAUUAGUAAUUAGGAAAAUACUAAGAUCCCACUGCCUGAAACAGUAAACUGAACUAAUUAAAUAUAAUUAAUUUUUAAUCAUAAGUAAAUUUAAACAUUUAAGUACUCGCUAAAUUCGUUUGGACCAUUAACGAGUAGACACCGUCCAAGUAAUUCAACUCGCUCUUUUACUCGAUAUUGUGAAAGCGAAUUCAUAAGCAUUUUUUGUUUAUUCAAUUAUUAUUUUUAUUUCCUUUGUGAUUUUGUUAAUCAUCCGAUUUACAUAUGUUUUUUUUUUCCAUUGUUUAUAUACUGUAUAUAGUAUUACGUUCAAUACUCAAAGUCCGUAGAAUAAUUGGUAUGUUUUAUUGGUUGAAACAAGAAAUCCAAUCAAUUGGCUAUUUGUGCAAUUAUCAAAAAUAACUUCGAGGCGCGUCAUGAACCCAACCCACAAUUUGGGUUCUUUGCCCACGAGGAUGUUGUAAACUUAAUUAUCGACUACUUAAUUAUGCUCUAGCAGACUCUUAGCAUUAUAUUCAUAUUAUUUAUAAUUAUAGUUUUUAAGGCAUUAUCGUGCACCAAUUCGAUGCACAUCAAAAUGCGCAAGGGACUUCCAGUGAAAAAUUAACUGAUAUUUUAUACAUACAUAAUUACAUCAUACAAUCCUAGUGUCCUCUAUAUAUUAAAAUAACCAAAUAAAAUGAAAGGCGCACAAAUCGUAAGCACAAAAGUACUCAGCAUUUGUAUUAUGUAUUCUGAUUUCAAUAUUUACUUAAAGCAAGCAUUACGACUUAACUUAACAAUGCGCUCAAUAAAUAGAUUUUAUACGACAUAAACUCGUGAA